CAACUACCACAAAUCACAAACACAAAAGAAAGAAAGAAAGAAAAAAUAAAAAAUAAAAAAAUUUUGCAGAAUCUUCAAUCUUUUCAUGGAAGAAUUAGAAGAAGAUCAUUUGAUCAAAAAUAAUGGAUACAUUUCUCCAUCAUCUUCUCCUCCAACUCCACCAUCUCCUCUUCCCAUUAGUGUCGGACCCGGCAACCAAAAGUACUCGUUUUCGCCGUCUCCAUCGCCUUCGCCGCCCUUCUCACCGCUUCCUUCCAGGCACGGCACGGCUGAUAACCUCCCCCUCUUGCUUGAAACCUUGUCCACUCCUGCAGUAGCUCAGGUGCCAUCUACAUUUUCUUUGGAUAAAAGAGCCCCGGAUGAGCCAUCUGGGGAUUCCAAUUCUUGCCUUAAAGAAUUGUUGGAUUGGUUUGUAGUAAGAUGCUGCAGCUGCUUUUCUUGGUCUUCUCAAAUCCUUGAUCGAAGACUCGUCAAGAGUCACAGCGAUUGAAAGCAGAACUAAGCAGCCAACUUCACAAAAAUUUUCCUUAUGUUCAAGGGACGAAUGCCUUAACCCUAUUCUAUUCUCAGUAGUUAUGCUGACUCAUUUGAGUAUUGACUGUGCAGUUGCUACAAGAUUGUGCUAACUGGAAUUUGGACGGUAUAGAUGUAGGAUUGAAACAUUGUAACAAUAUUCUUGAAACAUUUCUAUUUUCCAAUACUCAAAACUGAAUCCUUCAUUUUAA